UCCCAUCCAUGAUUAUCACAUAUAAUAAUUUUAGUCUUUUCUACAUACAUAGCACUCGAAACACUAUGAUGCUCCAAUGGGAAACCGCUAACAUAUUCUACCACUUUCAACAGUGAUCAUUCGCUGUUAUUUCUAUACUCGUUCAAAAACAGGACCCAAUCCUAGCGUCAGCGCCUUUCCACAACUUGAACUGAUGGGGAUGCAACUAAUUAAUUACGACAAAGCAACACAUAAACACUUAAUUAAAAAUCAACAAGUUGGUAAUAUACGAACAAAACCAAGCAAUGAAGACUAUUGUUUCCUAGUAUAUUCCCACUUCAAUUUUCCGUGUGAAAUGCCUCCAUUUUUAGUCCCUCCAAUAAUUAUGCCCUCCAUGGAACCCACUUCCAUGACUUAAUCUUUCUUAAUGCAAAGACUUAUCUCCUAAACUAAAUUUCUGAUAACCGCGUUAUGCGCGGCGAACGACGGCUAUAAAGCCCAACCUCUACUUGGCUUACUCCUCCAAGUUUUCCUAAGCAGAGCUUUGAAGUUCUGUAUUCUCAUGGCGACUGCUCCUCCUCCUUCUUCUCCUCUUUUCUCCUGUUGUGUUUUUCUCAAUGUCUUCCUCUCUUUGCUUCUGAUAGAGAGGAGUUCAGUUGUAGCAGCUCGAGGGCUCGCCGGGGAACACCAUGUCAUCGACGUCAAGUCACUAUUAUCAACCAGCAGCAACUGUUCCUUGCCUGACAAAGGUGCGAGCCCUUCCAAGCUCAAAGUGGUCCACCGGCACGGCCCCUGCUCAUCCCUGCCGCGCCAGAACAAGCCAUCCCAUCUGCAACUCCUCCGUCAGGACCAAUCCCGUGUCGACUCCAUCCAUUGCCGCUCCGCCGCCGCCGCCGCCCCGGUUGGCGGCUCGCUCUCCGCAAAACUUCCGGCCAACACCGGGACUUCUCUCGGCAGCGGCAACUAUAUCGUCACCAUAGGCCUCGGCACCCCUAAGAAAUCAUUCUCCGUCGUCUUCGAUACCGGCAGCGAUCUCACCUGGACCCAAUGCUUGCCCUGCGAUAGCUGCUAUACCCAAAACGACCCCCUUUAUGAUCCAACACAGUCCUCCACCUUCACCAACAUCUCCUGCAACUCCAACUACUGCACCCAACUCGAUCAAUCCAGCUGUUCCUCAACCUCCACCUGCCUCUACCAGGUACAAUACGGCGACAAUUCUCAGACUCAGGGUUCCCUCAUUCAAGACACAUUGACUUUCUCCUCCGAUUCCAUACCCAAUUUCCGCUUCGGUUGCGGCCAUGAUAACAGCGGGCUGUUCGGAAAGGUUGAUGGGUUAUUGGGCCUUGGCCGAGAACCAGCUUCCAUUGUCUCGCAAACGGAUCAACUGUACGGCAAGGUAUUCUCAUAUUGCCUCCCGUCGACGUCCAGCGCCGCCGGAUACCUGGAACUCGGCAGCACCGCCGCCGGAGUUCAGUACACGCCGAUGCUGACGAACCAGAACCUGCCAUCCUUCUACUUUCUCAAUCUCGUAGCCAUUUCAGUCGGCGGUCAAAAACUCGCCCUUUCGCCCACAGUUUUCAGCAACCCCGGAACCCUGCUGGACUCCGGCACAGUCAUCAGCCGUCUCCCGCCGACUGCCUACGCCGCCCUCCGUAGCAGUUUCCGGCGAUAUAUGACCAAUUACCCCACAGCGCCGGCGCUGUCUAUACUCGACACGUGCUAUGACUUCACCAACUACCAGACGGUGAAGGUUCCGUCGAUCGCCUUGUUGUUCGGCGGCGGGGUGACCGCUAAUUUGGAUUUCAAGGGGAUACUUUACGUGGCCAGCAUAUCUCAAGCAUGCUUAGCCUUCGCCGGAAAUAAUGAUGCCGGUGACGUUGUGAUUAUUGGCAAUGUGCAGCAAAGGAGGUUCAAUGUGGUGUAUGAUGUGGGGAAUUUAAAGAUUGGAUUUGGGGCUAAUGGUUGUAGUUAGUCAUUAAUUAAUUAAUGUAGUCGAUUAAUUAGACUGGAUUAUUGGAGGGGAAAUUAAGAAAGGAUUAGGUUUCGGCAAGCUUUCUGCAGAGUUGGGGAAUGUGGCAAAAGUAAAUGUUAUGUAAAAUAAGAGUUUCAAUCAUUGCCAAACUUUAAGUAAUAUUAAAAUAUGAAAUGGAAGAUUA